AUGUCUGAAGCUCUGUGGCCCGAAGAUUCUAUGUUCGAACACUUCACUGUGUUUGAAGAGAUAUUCAAAAUUGUCGAUAAGCACGAGAUCAAAACUGCCAUCCUGAUCCCUAAAGAACUGAAACCCGGCCCCCAUCCGAUUAUAAUCAACCUACACGGUGGAUUCCUGGUUUACGGCCACUCUCUCUUCGCGCCCUUUUUCCCUCCGUGGGCACUUAAGCUGGCUCUCGAGAAUUCCGCCAUUGUUGUGUCACCCGACCACCGCCUCCUCCCCUCUGCAAACGGUGUGGCGGAUGUGUUGGAGGAUCUCGAAAGCUUCUGGCAGUGGACGCGCUCCAGCCUCGCCGGGGUACUGAAGGAUCGAGCACCAACUGUCUCCCUUGACUUCUCUCAUCUUCUUGUGACGGGCGGAUCAGCAGGCGGGUACCUCGCAUCGCAGCUCGCAUUGUCUCAUCCAGAUGAGAUUUCGGCGGUUGCGAUGGCAUAUCCCUUCGUGGAUCCCAAGGACCGAGUCAUUGUUGAAGGCCCCGCCCCCGGAGAGCCAAGCAUCCUCCGCUUCAAUGUAGAAGAGUUGCCAUCAAAGGACUCUGUGGUGUCAUGGAUUGAAGAGACGAGGAAGACCACUACAUCUAAAGCUGGAUGGGACAGAACACAAUGGGCCGUUUCUGCUGCUACGAACGGGAUAUAUUUCUCGCAGAUUUUCGACAAUCUUGGGCUCGACCUUCCGGAUUUCUUUCCUCUGGAGAGACUCAAGCGCGGUGCUAAGCUACCGAAGAAGGUAUGGAUAUUGCACGGAGAUGACGACAGUGUUGUCUACCUUCGCACUUCCCGCCACUUUGUUGCCCUGGCUCAAGAAAAGCUGCCCGAGACUACGAUUAGGCUCGAUAUUGCCAAGGGAGAAGACCAUGCUUUCGAUCUUCAGAAGACCUCUUGGGAGUUGCACGCGAUUGGUGGCUUGGACUUUGUCAAGAAUGGUUGGCUUAAGAACUAG